AUGUCCGACUUUGAGGAUGAUAUGGACAUUGAUGUCCCUCCCUCCAAGGACAUCACUUUCUCUUCUGACAAGACGGCCAAGGGCAAGCGCAGCGCGGCAAAUCUCCCUGUCGAGGCCGAAGACAGCCUACCAUGGGUUGAGAAAUACCGUCCAGUUUCCCUCUCCGACGUCUCGGGCCACCAAGACAUCCUCGCCACCAUCAACAAGUUCGUCGACUCCAACCGGUUGCCCCACCUCCUCUUCUACGGGCCGCCAGGCACCGGCAAGACCUCGACGAUUCUCGCCCUCGCCCGACGAAUCUACGGCGCCGAAAACAUGCGCCAGAUGGUGCUCGAGUUGAAUGCCUCCGACGACCGCGGCAUUGACGUCGUGCGCGAGCAGAUCAAGACCUUCGCCUCCACCAAGCAGAUCUUCACAAUGGCCUCGCCAGCUGCGCGGACAGGCAUCGCCGGGUUCAAGCUCAUCAUCCUUGACGAGGCCGACGCCAUGACGAAUACGGCGCAGAUGGCCCUGCGCCGCAUCAUGGAGAAGUACACGGCCAACACGCGGUUCUGCAUCAUCGCCAACUACUCGCACAAGCUCAGCCCCGCCCUCUUAUCGCGUUGUACAAGGUUCCGUUUCAGCCCUCUGAAAGAGCAGGAUAUACGGGUUUUGGUGGACAAGGUGAUUGAGGAGGAGAACGUCAAGAUCGCGCCCGAUGCCGUCGAGUCGCUUGUGCGGCUGAGCAAAGGCGACAUGCGGCGGGCGUUGAACGUGCUGCAGGCGUGUCACGCAUCAAGUACACCGCUCCGAGAACCCAACACGCCCAAGGUUCUCGAGAAGGACAUCGUCCGGGAGACUAUCACAAUACACACCAUCUACAACUGCGUCGCGGCGCCGCCCCCCGACGCGAUCAAGAAGAUCCUCAACACGCUGUUGAGUACAAGUGACGUCACCUCUUGCUUGGCCACCAUCAACACGCUCAAGGUCGCCCAGGGGCUGGCGCUGGCCGACAUCAUCACCGCUCUGGCGGAGGAGCUGGUAAAGCUGGAAGUAAAACCGCAGGUCAUGAUCAGGUGGCUAGAAGCCCUCGCAGAAGUGGAGCAUAGAGUAGCAAGCGGGACGAACGAGGCAAUACAGACGUCUGCGCUGGUGGGGGCCAUACGGAACGGGGUGGAGUUGAUGGGCUGA